AUGAUUUUGUUUCAGAUUGUGCAGACGUGUGGGUGUAAUGUACCGUGGUAUGAUUGUGAACUCGAAUGCUAUUGUUACGAGUGCGAUGAGUAUUUCCCCAUGGGCGGCUGGCAGGAGGUGUAUUGCAGUGUCGCAAGACAUCAUAUAGCAAUGUGUGACUACGACUUCUCAUAUGACGAGACAAGUUCAGAUGAGUCUAUCUGGCACAGCAGGAAGCUGUCCACCCUCAUGAACCACGCACCGAUAGAUGGUGACAAGGGUGUUCGCUUUCGAAUCAACAGGCGAGAGCACAGACUCGUUGAUUGGGAUGGCGCAGCGCUCAGCCACCUAUGGUCCGACUUGGACAUCGACCAUCGUGGAAACUCAUCGGUCCAGCAUGAGUGGGAGGUCAAUGCCAGACCGGAUGUCUGGUGCCGGAGCUGUGGUCGGUUCAAGAGUGAGGUACAAUCGCUAGGGUCUUGUCCAUGCAGCACUGGGGGCGCGUUCAGCUGGCCCUGUUGGUCGAAAGCAUCAGACGGACACAAAUGGAACAGCAAGCUUUGGGAAGACCGACUGCUUCAAGAGUAUCUAGAAGGUGCGAACGUGGCGGACUCCGAGCGAGCUCAAGAGUAUCUGCGUGUAGGGCAUAUGCUUCCUAGUGACGGCUAUUACCUCGAUUGUGGCAAGCUCGAACAGUCUUAUGAUUUUUAA